AUGACCUGUGAUAGGAAGAAUUCAAAACGUAGUGUACUUCAGACAGCUUCGAAGUUAUUUGAUCCUAUGGGAAUUGCAUCACCUUUUAUUGUUCUCAUAAAAUUAUUAAUGCAAGAAAUAUGGGAACUUGGUUUAGGAUGGGAUGAUGAGCUAUCAACUGACUUGAAGAAAAAAUGGGAUAAUUGGUGCUCUCAGAUUUAUCUGUUGAAAGAUUUGACAAUCGAAAGAAAAUAUUUCUCCAUACCAUGGAAGUUGGUGAAAGAAUUAGAACUACACAUAUUUUCUGACGCUUCUCCUAAAGCUUUCGGAGCAGUUGCGUACUUCCGUUACGUGUCAAGUGAUGAUUGUAUUUAUACAAGUUUUAUCACUGCGAAAUCUAGAAUCGCACCGCUUAAAAGGUUGACAUUACCGAGGCUUGAACUUAUGGGAGCUGUUAUUUCUUCUAGACUUUUCCAAUAUUUGAAAACAAAUUUUAAAUUUCCUGUGCCUAGGGUAUAUAUGUGGACAGAUUCCUUAAUCGCUCUUCAUUGGAUUAAAGGGAAAGCUUCAAAAUGGAAACCUUUUGUAUCGAACCGUGUAUCCGAAAUCCAGUCUAGAACUGAUCCUGCUGAUUGGAAUCACUGUAGUGGGCAGGAUAAUCCUGCAGAUUUCAUAUCUCGAGGAGCUACCGUGGAAAAGUUUAUGUCCAGUUCGAUUUGGAUGCAAGGUCCAGAAUGGCUUCGGUUGAAGAAAAGGGAUUGGCCAAAAGGCUCUAAUUAUGAAAUUUGUCUAGAGAUUUCUCCAGAAGUAUAUUGCGAAAAAAGAAGUAAACUGGAAGAAGUAUCGUCUUUUGUGUGCGAAGUGCAAUCGAAUUUGACACGGAUUUGA